CACGCGGCGUGUUAUUUUGGCCACCAUGGUCGCUGGCGUGCAAUUGCAGCAGCGACUGUGUGUUGGCCGAAAUCAAUCGACUCUGUGUGUCUGCCGUUUUGAACUUGCAUUGCCGCCAUGUCGUUGAGCCUUGUCCUCAAAAGGCCUCCUGUGCCAGCCCUCCGCACCGCAGCUGCCACGGCCAAACGGACAUUCAGCACGCCUGUGGAUGACUCCUUUUCGCCCAUCUCCGCCACCUCUCCGCCCUCCGCCGCCAGCCAGGGAGCAUUAUGGCACGCAGUCAACGCUCGUGCUCCACGCUACGAUUGGACCAAGGAUGAGAUCCGUGAGCUGUACAACACGCCGCUCAUGGAGCUGGCUCACCAGUCGGGUGUUAUCCAUAGACGCUUCCACUCCCCGUCAGCGGUACAAAUGUGCACGUUAAUGAACAUCAAGACUGGUGGAUGUAGCGAAGACUGCUCCUACUGCGCUCAAUCCACGCGUUACAACACUGGGCUCAAAGCACAGAAAAUGUCGCCGGUCGACGAGGUGCUCAAGGCGGCUCGCAUAGCAAAAGACAACGGCAGCACACGGUUUUGCAUGGGAGCUGCCUGGAGAGACAUGCGAGGUCGUAAGACGAGUCUGAAGAAUGUCAAGGCCAUGGUGGAAGGCAUUCGAGCCAUGGACAUGGAAGUGUGCGUGACACUCGGCAUGAUCGACCAGAACCAAGCCGAUGAGCUCAAGCAGGCUGGACUGACGGCGUACAACCACAAUGUGGACACCUCACGAGAGCACUAUCCGUCUGUCAUCACGACACGAACCUACGAUGAGCGUCUUCAGACGCUCUCGAAUGUCCGGAACGCAGGUAUCAACGUGUGCUCUGGUGGGAUUCUUGGCCUUGGAGAGACGCCAGAAGAUCAUGUUGGCCUUUUGUAUACCGUUUCGACAUUGCCAGCGCAUCCAGAGAGCUUCCCCGUGAAUGCUCUUGUGCCCAUCAAGGGAACACCGCUGGGGGAUGACCCAUCACGCAAGCGCAUAUCCUUCGACGCAAUCCUGAGAACCAUUGCCACAGCGCGACUGGUGAUGCCAGCAACCAUCAUCCGCAUCGCAGCAGGCCGCACGACCAUGAGUGAAGCCGAGCAGAUCCUUUGCUUCUCCGCCGGAGCCAAUGCUGUUUUCACAGGUGAGAAGAUGCUUACCACGGACGCUGUGGGCUGGGACGCAGACAAAGCGAUGUUUGAGAAGUAUGGUCUGGUACCGAUGAAGAGCUUCGAAAGGGGCGGCUUUCGUGAGACGAGUUGGGCCGAUGUGAAGCAGUCUAUCAUGCCAGAGAUGUCGACAACCGCUGCGAGUGCUGCUUCAUAGUCUUUGCGAGGGCAGAGUGUUGCCGAGUGCAUAUGCAAUCAUCUAGAAUGCCACAUCGGCAUGCAUAGUGACAACUUCUCGUGCCACGCCUCAACCACCUGCUCGAUGACAGCACAGUCAAGUGACCAUUCAACGAAAGCUACCCAAGCUACAAGAACAGGAACAAAACAGGUUCAGGAACAGAACAUCAAGCGGGUCAGAGCGAACCACCACAACCAGGUUGCACCUGAUCGUCCGCCGGGCCGCGUGCCGUGCAGCACGACGCAAUGAUCCCAGUCGCACAUCUUCUUAGUACCGACUCACUGGUAAACAUUGAUGUGGCUGUGAGUUUCCCAGUUCAGUUGACCUCUGAGAAGGAGCGACGCACUAGGGACCUGCAGCUUCAAUCUUACUUACAGAGAGUAUAUGCAGCCUCGCCGUUGAGCAACACGAAGUUUAUGGUCCACUUGAUACGAUGCGG